UUUGGUGUUUUGGAUAGACAAUACCGAUAAAACAAACAGGUACAGACUCCCACUACAUGACUUUGUUGGUGUGACACCAACGAGGAUGACAUUCUCUAUUGGUUUUGCAUAUCUAGAGGGUGAAUGUGUUAAUAAUGUGGUAUGAGCUUUAGAAUGGUUUCGAGGUAUAUUUCUAAGACGUGAUGCCCUCCUUGGAGUUAUUGUGACUGACAGAGACCUAGCAUUGAUGAAUGCUGUGAAAACUGUAUUCCCUGAGUGUACAAACUUGUUGUGUAGGUUUCACAUCGACAAAAAUGUCAAGGAAAAAUGUAAAUCACUAAUUGGUAAAAAAAAUGUUUGGGAGUAUGUCUUGGAUGCCUGGAGAAAUCUGGUAGAUAGUCCUUCGGAACAACAGUUUGAUGAAUGCCUUAAGAAGUUUGAAAUUGUUUGUUCACCUUGGCCAAUGUGUGUUGCCUAUGCUAACGAAACAUGGAUAAUUCCCCACAAGGAAAAAUUUGUUACAACCUAGACGAAUAAGGUGAUGCACUUAGGAAACACAACAACAAACAGGUAUGAAAAUGUUCAACUUUUUCUGUUAAGGUUGAUGAAUUGAUUGAAUUUAAUUAUUGUAUAUGUUUAUUGUUUUUUGUGUAUUUCAAAUGUAGGGUUGAAUAUGCUCAUUGGGCUUUAAAAAGAGUAUUACAGAAUAGCCUUGGAGACUUAUGUAGUGUUUGGGAUGCCAUGGACAACACGAUCUCGCUACAGCACACUGAAAUUAAAGCAUCCUUUGAAACAAGUACACAUGUGGUUAGACAUGUUUUUAAAGUUACCUUAUACAAGAGGCUUCAUGGAAUGGUUUCAAGGUAUGCUUUAAAUUAGAUUGCUGCUGAGUUUGAGUGUGUACAUUAUGCUGGCAAGAAUCCUUCUUGUUGUGGUUGUGUCAUGAGAACUACGCAAGGUCUUUCUUGUGCAUGUGAGCUAUCUAAAUAUGUUCUUGGUAGCAUCCUACUAGAUUCAAUCCAUAAGUUUUGGAGGAGACUAGGUUUUUCAGACCAAAGGUUAUCUGAGCCCCAAGUGACCAUAAAGGAAGAGAUGGAAACCAUAUCUAAGCGAUUUGAGGAACUUGAUGUUUGUGGUAAAGUAACUCUAAAGAGUAAACUUCGGGAAAUUGCAUACCCUGAUCAAAACUUUAUGUGUCCUCCUCCAGAAAAGGUCAACACUAAAGGUGCACAGAAGAAACUGAUGAACAGAAACCAAAGAUCAACAAAGCGUCAUCCGUCUUACUGGGAGUAUGUUGAUGUUUUACAUUUUGUGAAAAAUACCAAUUCUUCAGUAAAGCAUAGUGCAUCAUCUUCUGACCAGCCGAAUCCAAGAAAGAUCAUGCCGACGUUGGAUCAAUUUCAGCCAUUUAUACAUGAUUUCAUUGACAACAUUGUGGAUGUCAAAGCUGACGGUAACUGUGGAUAUCAGUCGAUUAUCGCUUUAUUAGGUAUGGGUGAAGAUUCUUGGUCCUUAGUGCACAACCAUUUGCUUAAAGAACUUGCCAAAUGGUCAGAUGACUAUAUCAAGCUCUUCGGUGACAUAGACAGAUUCGAGGAAUUAAGGAGGUCCCUACUUGUUGAUGGGUUAUCCAAGGUUACUGUGGAUAAGUUGAUGGAUAUAACCGAGAUUGGAUAUGUCAUUGUAUCAAGGUAUAAUGUAAUCCUUGUAUCGUUGUCCCGACAACAAAGUAUGGCGUUCUUUCCUCUUAGAAGUCAAACCACCAACAGAUUUUUCUGUGCAUUGCAUAAUUUGUAUCGAUCACGUCUAUGGCAAUCAUUUUGUUUAGGUACAUUGAAGAUAAAUAGUCUUAUUUUUAAAUUUAUGCAAUCACUUGUGUCCUGUGAACAUAAUAUUGUUUGUGCAUGUACAAGAGGUUUAUUUAAAAGACAGUUGUCCUUUACCACCCCUAACAUUGUUAUGGUCUAGGAAUUGUCAUCCUCAAGCAAAGCAGUGGCCAAUUUCAUACAUUAGUAGAAUCCAGUAGUACAGAAGCUUUAUGAUGUUGAAAAGAGACUAUGUUGACAUAAAUGAAGACUGAACAUGUAGCUUCUAAUGCCUGAUUGUUAUGAAUUUUAAUCUCACAUUAGAGUUUUAUAAUUCAUUUUUACUUAUUUUUUUC